AUGAAGGUAUUCUAUUCAGUUAAUGGAAAGAUUGGAUUCUAUGAUAAGACAACUGACAGUCCAACUACUAGCAGAUACAAGAUCUUGGGAGUCAAGGUCUGGAAAGGUAAAUUGCUCCACUCUGCAUCUCCUCAAACAUUCUACGUUGAUCAAAGUACUGGAUCAGAUUCUAAUAAUGGUAAAACUAAAUCAUCUCCUUGGAAAACCAUUUCAAGAGCUCAAUACAUGUUACAGCCAGACGAUACCUUAAUAAUUGGACCUGGAAUUUAUAGAGAAACCUUAAAGAUUCAAUAUUCAGCACUCCCUGGACAUCCAAUUACUUUCAAGGGAACUGAUUCAAAGAAUGUGAUUAUUGAUGGAUCUAUUCCAGUUGACAUGAGUAAGGUUAAAUUGUUUGCAUCCGCUCCAGUUAAUAUUUACACAACUACUAUUCAAAGAACUCCUCUUUUUCUUUAUUCUGAGACCAAGAAAUUGGUACCUGCCAUGAUACCUUUGCCAUAUUCAGAUCUUGAUCCAUUCUUGUCAACUAAUUAUAUCACCAUUACUGCUGCUACUAAUGUUACCACAGUUUCUAAUAUAGUUUAUUUGCAACUUGACGAUAGAUUCAGAAAGAAAGCCGAUGGUACAAGUGUUCCAGAUGGUUACUGGGUUGGUGCUAAACUGUAUCAUUUCAUUGGGGAUGGAAACAAUCCAGCCGGUACCUUGGCCAAAGUUACCUUUUACAGAACUGUUUUAUCAUAUGACAGUAAAACCAAUACUGCUGGUUUCACUAAUGUAGCUAUUUCUCCUCUUGAUGGUACAGCAUAUUCAGGAUUUUCCUUCAUUAAGAAUGAUAAGUAUGCCCUGGGAAAUCACGUUGGUUUGAUUUCAAAACCUGGACAGUAUGCUCUCGAUAAUAAUCAAGUUUAUGUUUCUGCUGAUACUCUUCCUAAAUCUAUUGAAGUUUCUGUCAUCAAAUAUGGACUUUGGAUGCAAUUUACAGAAUAUCUCGUUUUUGACAGUUUGUUUGUCAGAAGAUUUGAAGGAACUGGUGUUUUUUGUAAUUAUUGCAGUAAGACCUCAUACUUGAAUAUUACUUCAAAUGAAAAUUUCUUUGAUGGACUUGGUAUCCAAAUGGGUGAUAAUAUUAUCAUUGACGGAGGUGAAUAUGCCUAUAACUGGAACAAUGGAAUUGACUUUUUUGCAAGGGGAAGUCGUGAUUGUACUGUUAAAAAUACCUACAUUCAUCACAAUUUGAAUAAUGGUAUUUGGGCAGGAAACACCAAUGCUCUAUUCGAUACUUUUAAUAUUCAAAUCAUUUCGAAUAGAAUUGGUCCUCAUUCAAGUGAACUUCAACAUGCAGACAAUAUUCAAUUUUCAAAGGUUCACAACAUUCUCAUUAAGGAUAAUUACUUAAUCAACGACGGAACCUAUGAUGGCGCCCUAACUCACAAUCCUCAAAAUAUGUGGAAUGAAAAUUGUGGUAAGAUUACCUUUACUGGCAAUGUCAUUAUAGGUGGUCCAAUGGGAAUUAACUGGAGUUCUGAAAUUAGAAUGUACAACAAUGUAUUCUACAAUGUUUGGUUGAGAUUCCUUGUUGAAGGAUGA